AUGAUGUUUGAGCAUACCAACACCAUGGCCCAGAAGCCAGCAUCAACCCACAUAGAAGGCUCAAAUAUCCCAACAGACUUGGAUAAAAUUCGUGAUGGAGACAAGGCCCUUGCCUUGUUCGAUAAUAUCGACGAUAUACACGAUGACUUCGAGCCAGGCGAGGAGAAGAGGUUGGUUCGCAAGAUUGACAUGAUGAUUCUUCCCUUCUUAUCCGUCUGCUACGCUUUCUACUAUAUCGACAAAACCACAUUGUCCUAUGCAGCAAUCUUUGGGAUCCAGGAGGAUUUGAACCUAUCUGGAGCCGAAUACAGUUGGUUAUCGAGCGUGUUCUACUUUGGUUUUCUGGCCUGGAGCUUUCCAACGAACUUGUUAAUGCAAAAGUUCCCCAUAGGUAAAUAUUUGGGGAUCAACAUAUUCAUGUGGGGGUUUUUCCUCAUGCUGCAAGCCGCGGCCAAGAACUUUACGCACCUUGCAGUUCUGCGAGUGAUUUCGGGAGCAGCAGAGGCUUGCAGUGAUCCGGCAUUUAUGCUUAUUACAGCGAUGUGGUAUACUCGGCGUCAACAGCCAAUUCGGAUUGGCCUGUGGUACACAGCCAAUGGGUUUGGAAUUGCCCUGGGUGGGCUCUUGGGGUAUGGGAUCGGUCAGAUUCAAGGGGCCUUGGCAUCGUGGAAGUAUGAGUUUCUGAUCAUCGGCGCACUCUGUUGUGCUUGGGGAAUUGUGAUGAUCAUCUUCCUCCCGGACUCCCCGGUCUCGGCACCCCAGCUCUCCGAACGUGAGCGAAAAAUGGCAGUCGAGCGACUGAAGGACAAUCAAACAGGCAUCGAGAAUCGAAAUAUGAAACCACGGCAGAUCUUCGAAGCGCUCACAGACUGGAAAGUUUGGGUCUUUUUUCUUCUUGGCCUCAGUGGGAAUAUUCCCAACGGUGGGAUUUCAAAUUUUGGAACAUUGAUCAUCAAGGGUUUUGGCUACUCUACGUUGAUAUAUGCUGACCGUUCAGUGGUUACGACGCUCAUGCAGAUCCCCUACGGAUGCUUCAUUGCCGUGAUGAUUCUCGCCGCCGUCUUUAUCAAUGAUUCAUUACCGAAAAACAAUCGGUGCGCGGUCGCCAUAUUAUUUAUUCUGCCCACCCUGGCGGGCUCGCUGGGACUGAACUUUGUACCCCAGUCUGAUAGCGUAGCACGACUCAUCUGCUACUACUUGACAGGCUCUUACAAUGCAUCCUUCGUCAUCAUUCUCUCGCUUGUCACAUCCAAUAUAUCUGGACACACCAAAAAGUCCGUUACAAACUCGAUGAUCUUUCUGGGUGUCUGCACUGGAAACAUAGCCGGUCCAUUCUUUUACAAAUCAAGUCAAGCACCGCAGUACACUCUCGGCAUUUGGUCUAUGGUGGUCGCCAACUUGAUCGAAAUCGGGUUGAUUGUAUUCAUCGCCAUAGGUUUGGCGUGGGAGAACAGACGUCGCGAUUCUCAGCAGAAUACACACAACAGGGAGGACGAUGAGUACAUGCGACAGUUAGAGAUGAACCGCACAGCAUUCAGUGACUUGACAGACAAAGAGAAUAUGAACUUCCGCUAUGUGUACUGA